GGGAUGACAUCAUCACAUCUGAGCCUGUGCAGGAUGCCAGAUCCUGCCGAGCGCGGUGCGGCGGCGGCGCCCCCUGCUGUGUGAGCGAGAGACGGCGCCAUGGGCAACCUGCUGGAGGAGGGCAUGAACGUGGUCAUCGUCGGCCACUACAACCACUCGGGCAAGUGGGAGCGUCCCCGCGGCGGCGGCGGCGGCUGCAAGACGGCGGUGCUGCUCCUCAUCUGCGUGCUCAUCGUGCUGGAGAACGUGACGGUGCUGCUAGCGCUGUGGCGCAACAAGCGCUUCCACAGCCGCAUGUACUUCCUCAUCGGCAACCUGGCGCUGUCCGACCUGCUGGCCGGCGUGGCGUACGUGGUCAACAUCUUCACGUCGGGGAGGAACACCUUCUUCCUGACGCCGGCGCAGUGGCUGGCGAGGGAGGGCAGCAUGUUCGUGGCGCUCAACGCCUCCACCUUCAGCCUGCUGGCCAUCGGCAUCGAGAGGCACAUGACCAUGGUGAGGCUGCGCCCGUGCGAGACGGCGAGCCGGGGGCGGCUCCUGGGCCUGCUGGCGGCGUGCUGGUUGGUCUCGGUGCUCCUGGGCGCCCUGCCCAGCCUGGGGUGGAACUGCUUGGAGCGCCUGGGCUCCUGCUCCACGGUGCUGCCGCUCUACGCCAAGAGCUACGUGGCCUUCUGCAUCAGCGUCUUCAGCGCCCUGCUGGUGGCCAUCGUCAUCCUCUACAUCCGGAUCUACCGCCUGGUCACCUCCAGCGGACGCCGGGUCAGCAGCCGACCCUCCGAGUGCUCCCUGGCUCUGCUGAGGACCGUGGUGAUCGUCCUGGGCGUCUUCCUGGCGUGCUGGGCGCCGCUCUUCCUCCUGUUGCUGCUGGACGUGGGCUGCAGCCCCGCCAGGUGCCCCGUCCUCUACCAGGUGGACUGGUUCAUCGCCCUGGCGGUGCUCAACUCCGCCCUCAACCCUCUCAUCUACACGCUCUCCAGCCGGGAGAUGAGGGCCGCCUUUUUCCGCCUGCUGUGCUGCUGUCAGGGCGGCAUGGAGCCCACAAGGACACCGGCGGCGGGGCACCCGCACCUGGGCGCCGCCAUGCCCACCGCCGAGAACAGCAAGAGCAGCAUGGCGGGAGGCGGGCCCGGGGCACCGGAUAGAGGGAAGGUACCCAUCCCGACUAACGCUGACAUAAAACAUGGAAAUCCUUCUGCCACCGCCUUGCCACACCCUUCUGGACCGGCUGACCUGCUGUCGGCGGUCCUGGGGAAGGCGGGGGCGUUCGGCAAGUUCUGACAGAGCCUGAUCGGCACGGCAGGAGGAGGCGGACACGGGGCGCCGGAUAGACGGAAAGUUCCCAUGCCGAUCAACGCCGAGAUAAAACACGGAGAUCUUCCCGCCUUGCCGCAGCCUUCUGGAC